UUCUACUUGAAUUGUUCACAUAUAUAUGGCAGGAAGAGACGGAUAGUUGGUUAGAGAAUGCUGCCAAUGGUCUUAUGGGCAAGCAAAUUGUCAAGGAAAAUGGACAAAUAAAGUUUGUGGUUGACAUCUUGCUUGGACUCAAAUUUUCCAUAACUGGCACAUUUGUGAAAUCUGGCACCACAACAUAUGAUAUUACAAUGGACGAUGCAGCCAUCAUCGGCGGCCAAUUUGGAUAUCCCGUAGAGCUAGAAAGCAAGUUCAAACUAGAACUGCUGUAUAGCGAUGACAAGAUCAGAAUUACGCGGGGAUAUAAUAAAAUUGUUUUUGUGCAUCUGCGAACAGAUGGUACAGGACAGAAGUAAGAUGGGCUAACCAAACAGAUAGAAGAUCUAAAUUUCAGGUGAUAAGCAAAGCUAUCAGAAAGGGUGAAACAAGCAUUUUCGUUGGGAAUGGGGUGAGCCUUGGAGCCUUGAAGUAGGGAUUGCCAGAAUUUUCUCAAAAGUCAGCUUCAUCUAGCAGGAGAAAGUGGAGAUAAUUUCCCUCCCUCCACUACAGAACUGGCCUAUUGUAAAUCAUGCCAUGAGAUUGGCCUAUUAACUCAGAAACAAAUUUACAUAUUAAAAUUGUUUUGACAUACUUUUCUUGGCUAUUUUUUUUUCUUUCUUUUACCCGUUUAACAUCAAACGUAAUCACAAUUAAUU